AUGGAAAAGGGAUUUUGGGAGGAUAUUGAUCCUGUCACAAGCAUAACAGCCUCUGACACAAUUGAAUUCCUUUGCGCAGCAAACUCCGGAGUUUAUAUCGAUUUAGCAAACAGUUACCUACACGUGAAAGCAAAGAUUACUAUGCCAGACGGUGCAAAUGUUGCUCAAGAUGUCCAGCAUACGACAGCCAAAUAUCCGAUCAAUCGCGUCGAAUGUAUAGUUGUCACUGCCCCCCGAGGAAACAUGUUGGGAAAUCAACCCAAUAUAUUUCAAGGUAUUCUACCAAAUCGUGUCGUUAUUGGUAUGGUCGAUGCAGAUGCGUUCAAUGGUAGUUAUGCAAAGAAUCCGUUCAACUUCAAGAACUACGACAUCACAAAUUUUGGGCUGAAUGUAAACGGUGAAAACCUACCUGGAAAACCAUUUCAACUAAAAUUUGCGAGUGCAAGAGGAAGUAACUACAUUUCAGCGUUCCAAACACUGUACGCUGGGACACAUAAAAUGUUUGAAAAUCAGGGCAAUGGUAUAACUUGUGAAGAAUAUGCAGACGGUUUUACACUAUUUGUGUUCGAUCUCACUCCAGACCUGUGCCUUGGUGAUCAUGCACAACCAACUAGAAACGGAAAUGUCUCGAUCGAAUGUCAGUUUGGAACGGCCUUGGAAGCGGCUAUAAAUAUUGUGGUGCUUGGUGAAUUUCAAAGUCUUAUCGAAAUUGACGCGAACAGGAACAUGCUGUGUGACUUCACUAACUGA